AUGAAAUUCAGCAUUGUCAGCCAGCUCUUCCUCUGUCUGCUGAUGGGGGCUUUCAUAGGUGCCAAGCCAGUCCAGGAAGAUGCAGACCCCUUCGCGGAGCUACCCGCCUUGCCCUACUGGCCUUUCUCCACUACAGACUUCUGGUCCUAUUUCGAGUACUUUCAGACGCUGGGAGCCUACCACCAGAUCCACGAUAUGGCCCGGACCUUCUUUGCUCACUUUCCCCUGGGCACUACCCUGGGUUAUGAUGUCCCUUAUCAGGAAGACUGA